AUGUCUGCAUUUGUGAAAGCAGCUGCGCAUGCUUUGCAGGAUCAGCCAAGUGUCAAUGCGGUAAUCGAUGAGAAUGAAAUCAUCUAUCGGGAUUAUGUUGAUAUAAGUGUUGCUGUGGCAACUCCAAAGGGUUUGGUCGUCCCAGUUAUAAGGAACGUACAACAAAUGAACUAUGCUCAGAUUGAAAGAACAAUUACUGAACUUGGGGAAAAGGCUAGAUCUGGUUCAUUGGCAAUAGAAGACAUGGAUGGAGGUACAUUUACAAUUAGCAAUGGUGGGGUGUUUGGGUCGAUGUUUGGCACACCCAUCAUUAACCCUCCCCAAUCAGCAAUUCUUGGCAUGCAUGCAAUUUUUGAUCGACCUGUAGCAGUUGCUGGCAAGGUGGAGAUUCGCCCAAUGAUGUACGUGGCUUUAACCUAUGAUCAUCGAUUAAUUGAUGGCAGAGAAGCUUCACUUUCUUUUUCUUGCCUUUCUUCUUCUUUUUCUUUUUCUUCUUCUUUCCUUGCCUUUCUUCUUCUUCUUUCCUUGCCUUUCUUCUUCUUCUUUCCUUGCCUUUCUUCUUCUUCUUUCCUUGCCUUUCUUCUUCAUCUUCUUCUUCUUUCCUUGCCUUUCUUCUUCAUCUUCUUCUUCUUUCCUUGCCUUUCUUCUUCCUCUUCUUCUUCUUUCCUUGCCUUUCUUCUUCCUCUUCUUCUUCCUUGCCUUUCUUCUUCCUCUUCUUCUUCCUUUCUUUCUUCCUCUCUUCUUCUUCCUUGCCUUUCUUCUUCCUCUUCUUCUUCCUUGUUUUUCUUCUUCCUCUUCUUCUUCCUUGCCUUCUUCUUCUUUCUUCCUCUUCCUUUCUUCUUCCUCCUUCUUUCUUCCUUGCCUUUCUUCUUCCUCUUCUUCUUCCUUUCUUCUUUUCUUCUUCUUCCUUGCCUUUCUUCUUCCUCUUCUUCUUCCUUGCCUUUCUUCUUCCUCUUCUUCUUCCUUGCCUUUCUUCUUCCUCUUCUUCUUCCUUGCCUUUCUUCUUCCUCUUCUUCUUCCUUGCCUUUCUUCUUCCUUGCCUUUCUUCUUCCUUGCCUUUCUUCUUUUUCUUCUUCUUUCCUUGCCUUUCUUCUUUUUCUUCUUCUUUCCUUGCCUUUCUUCUUUUUCUUCUUCUCUCCUUGCCUUUCUUCUUUUUCUUCUCUCCUUGCCUUUCUUCUUCUUCUUCUUUCCUUGCCUUUCUUCUUCUUCUUCUUUCCUUGCCUUUUCUUCUUUUUCUUUUCCUUCUUCCUCUUCUUUCCUUGCCUUUCUUCUUCAUCUUCUUUCCUUGCCUUUCUUCUACUUCUUCUUCUUCUUCUCUCCUUGCCUUUCUUCUACUUCUUCUUCUUCUUCUCUCCUUGCCUUUCUUCUUCUUCUUCUUCUUUCCUUGCCUUUCUUCUUCUUCUUCUUCUUUCCUUGCCUUUCUUCUUCUUCUUCUUCUCUCCUUGCCUUUCUUCUUCUUCUUCUUCUUCUUCUUCUUUCCUUGCCUUUUUCUUUUUUGUUUCUUUUUCUUUUGUUUGCCCUUUUCUUCUUUUUCUUCUUCUUCUUCUUUUCCUUGCCUUUCUUCUUUUGCUUCCCUUUCUUCUUUCACUUUCUUCUUUUUCUUUUCCUUUUCUUUCAUUUUCUUCUGCUUCCCUGUAUUUUCUUUUUGCUUCUUUUUAUACUUAUUUUUCUUCUUUUAUUCUUCUCUCUCUGCUUCUCCUUCCCCUCCCUCUUCUUCUUCAAAGCUAA